UUUUGUACGCUGAAUUUUGACUUUCAGGCAGAGCUCUUUUUAAAGUCUUAAACAAAUUUUGUAUUUUUGAUAUUGGACUGGCAGUCAUGAUUGUUGUUUCACCGAUUUUUACACUUUUAAACGUUAUUUGGGGAUAUUUAUUGUCUUGGUUGAGUUCCUCUUGUGGUUCUGUACAACUGGAAUGGCUGAAGUGCUGCCUGAAAAACUAAAUUCGGAGAAUAAAGUGCCCCUCUCUGCCUUGCAGCCAGCCUUCAAAUUUUCCCCGCCUUCACCCUAAAUGCUUUGCUGCUUUUCCGUUUCACUUGGCGUGAAUAUGGCGGCAAAGGAGACUGUAAACAGUUACCAAGUGCGUAUUGAAUCUGUCGUGAACGGCUGGCUAGUGGAUUAUUACUUCUUUUUGGCGGUAGAGUUCUUUAAAAAUGAACAAUACGAGGAUUUCUGUGCCAUCAUAGAUAUACUCGACUGUAUUAUGGCUCGUCCUUUGGAGUCCACGGAUGACAUCGCAAUGAAAUUUCGAGUGUUGCAGUUUAUCUCCCGGAUAAAUGAGGGUGAAAACCUUGGUGUUUCAUUUGAGAUGGAUGUGCCAUCAACUCCUCUGGAAUCCGCCUUAAUGUUACUGGAAAAAAUAAGCCAGGAGUUCAGUAUCCCGCAGCAGGAGUAUGAAAAGGUGUCCACUUCUCUUAAAGACAUGAUCGUGGGGAUUUUCAUCAAAAACAGUAAGUUUGAGAAAGCAGAAGAGGUGCUGAUGAAACACUUUCCUCCCAAAAAUAUUGGAAAGAGAGCAAUAUUCAUGGGUCUCAUCAGGAAAAAGAAAAAGAUUCAUGACGUCAUUGAGCAAAUCAACUUUCAGCAGUUCAAGGAGGAGAUGAUUGGGUUUUGCCUGAGGAUCUGCCACUUCAGCCUUCCUCUUCUUCAUAAGGCUGCAAAACAUCUCAUUGAUAAAACCCUUGUGGAUCAAGAGAGCACAGCAACUGAAAGUGAUGAACAAGCUGAACCUCGGCCAUGCUCUAGUUCACAAAUAGCCACUGUCCAGUUUGUACCAUGUACACAUUCACUUAUCCAUAAGACCAGGCUAGAAGCGGCCUACAAAUCCCUGGCUACAGGUUUAAAUAAAAGAACAUUUGCUCAGUUGGAGGAAGAAGUAGACAGAGAGGAGCUGGAAAGAGAAAAUCUUUGCGAACAGCUUUCCAUGACAUCAGAGAGGUGCAACAGUCUGGACUUGGAGGAACGGUUAUUUCAGAGAGACUCAGGAGGCCCCAUGGAAGCUUCACCAGCAGACCAACCACCACGAGUAAAUGCUGUUCCACAUAGUCAGGCAGAUUUACGCUUAAAAAAUCCCAUUGUACUGUGUAAACGAGAGAAUUACACUGUGUCUCGGCUGGUGGUGGAACCAGAUAGUCAGGCAAGUUCACGCUGCACAACCGCUUUACAGGAACUGGAACCUGAGGUCAGAAGGAAAAAGGCACCACAGAGACUAUCUGCAUCUAAUGAAAAAGACCGUCAGUGUCGGGGAGCAGACAAAAAAGGUGCCACGCCCACCCGAAAGAGCCGCAUUCAGGCAAACAGAACUCACACCAGGAAUCAGGAUGGUAUGGAUGUCAGCCGUACCACAGCCUCUUCAGUGGAGAGCUCACCAAGUCAGUCACCUUCUCAGCCUGUCCGACAAACAACCUCCACUCCUCACAAGGACUCUGGUCAAAACAAAAGUGCUCGUCUUUUAAAAUGGAACCAACUGUACCAUGAUGCAAAGGAGAGCAAGGGUGACAAAGAGUCGUAUGUUACUCCUAACAAGAGCAGCUCAGACAUGAGCACCAUUUCAAAUUCAGGCCAAAGGAAAAGGAAAUGGACAGAGAGUGAGACGCAGAAGUUAAAAGACGGGGUCAAAAAAUUUGGAGAGGGCAACUGGUGUAAGAUCAAGGAAUACUACGGCUUCAAAGAUCGAACAAAUGUCAACCUGAAGGACAGGUGGAGAACAAUGAAAAAGUCAAAUAUCAUCUGACUCACCAAAGCAUAUGUCAUUUUAUCCCAUCUCCAUUUAUUUAUUUUUGUUUCUUAAGCAAGUUAUUGAUAAUUUUAAAAAAAAAGUUUAUAGAUUUAGUAAAUGUUCAGUGUUCAUGGUUCAAAUAUUGUUUCAUUUUGAGGAAGGGAUAAAAGAAAUACUGCAGUGCAGUAAUAGUGAAUAUUGAAUAUGAAUAUAUACAUUACUGUUGUUCUGGAAGUUUUUCCACUUAAAUAAAGCCUGCAGAUGAGCAGUGA